UAAUAGCAAAACAGAGAACUUCUAUUCAGUAGUCCGAACAUUUUUAAACGAAUCGGUUGAGUUACAUAAUUGAAAUAAUUGAACCGGCUUUUAAAUACAAACUAUUGAAAUUUGUGCUUAAAUAUAUGUGCAAUAAUUACCAACAUUAUCAUUCCCCGACCGGUUGCCGUUUUCGUGUCAUAAAAGCCGUAUCAGUUCGCCAUGUUUAUCGAACUGCUCCUACUGCUGUUUGCCCUGAUCAUUCUGGGCGAUUAUUUACUGAAGAAACGUCGCAAUGAUAUGAUACAUUAUAUGCCAGGACCUAAGACAUUGCCGGUGUUGGGUAAUGCGCUUAUGUAUCAUGGUAAAAGUAAAGCAGACAUUAUGGACUUCAUUAUAAGUAAUAGCCAGAAAUAUGGUACACUCUAUCGCGUAUGGGUGCUUAAUCAAUUGGCGGUCUUAUGUUGCGAUCCUGCCGACGUUGAAGUAUUACUCAGCAGCACAAAAUAUAUUAAGAAAAACAAUUUCUAUGAUCUACUGCACGUAUGGCUCGGCGCGGGUUUGCUCGUCAGUAACGGCCAUAAGUGGCAUUCGCGUCGGAAGAUCAUUACACCAACAUUUCACUUUAAAAUACUCGAGCAAUUUGUGGAGAUCUACGAUCAGCAAAGUGCAGUGCUGGUGAAAAAAUUAGAACAAUAUGCUGAUGGCAAAACAGUGCUGAAUAUAGCACCAUUAAUUUGUUUGAUGGCAUUGGAUGUAAUUGCAGAGACUGCGAUGGGCACCAAAAUAAAUGCACAAACUAAUCCACAACUCCCCUACGUAUCGGCUGUUAUUAGUGUUACAGAUAUGUUCGCAAAGCGUUUUAUACAUGCUUGGCAGCGUUUCGAUUGGCUCUUCCGUUUGUUCUCACGCAAAGAAGCCAAAUUAUUCUACGCCAAUAUCGAGUUGUUACAUGACUUUACCGAUCACAUCAUUGUCGAGCGUCGUGCUGCACUCGAACAAAAGCUCACUGCCAACGAGCCCGCCACCGAAACCGAAUUGGGUGUGAAACGUCGUAUGGCUCUACUGGAUGUCUUGCUGCAGUCCACUAUUGACGGUAAACCGCUGAGUAAUGAAGAUAUACGUGAAGAGGUGGACACAUUCAUGUUCGAGGGGCACGAUACCACCUCCAAUGCGCUCACUUUUUGUCUGCAUUUGAUCUCCCGACAUCCCAUGGUACAAGCGAAGUUAUUUGAAGAAAUACGUGAUGUGCUGGGCGAUGACAAAGAACGACCGGUGACACAGCGCGACUUAAUUGAACUAAAGUACAUGGAGUGUGUUAUCAAGGAGUCAUUGCGUCUAUAUCCAACAGUACCGUUAAUUGGACGCAACUUCGAAGAGGACGUCAAUUUGCGUGGCAAAAUGAUACCGGCCGGCACAAAUAUCACCGUCGGUAUAUAUAUUAUGCAGCGAAAUCCGAAAUAUUUUCCCGAACCCGAUGCAUUUCGACCGGAACGUUUCCUUAAUGAAUCCGUUGAAGGUGGUGAGAAAUUAAAUCCGUACAUUUAUGUGCCCUUCAGUGCUGGACCACGUAAUUGUAUUGGUCAGAAAUUUGCCAUGUUGGAGAUGAAGAGCACAAUAAGUAAAAUAUUACGACACUUUGAAUUGCUACCGCUCGGCGAGGAACUGCGACCAGUAUUGAGUAUUGUAUUGCGUUCCGAGAAUGGUGGUCAGUUGGGUUUAAAACCGCGUAAUUAUGCCGCAACGAAUACAAUUUGAUGAAAAUCACUUAACCGUUAUUUAAAAGAGAGCGCAAUCAGUUUGAGCAGCACUGUGUGAUAUUCAACCAAUCCGAACUUUCGAAACUUGUUAAUAGCACUGUAUUUGAUAUAUGAUAGGAUAUUUAUAUAUUCGUGAAAAUAUAUUAUAUUUAUGUUACUAUU